CGCGCCUCGAGCCGAGAAGGUGCGUGUGGAGCGGACUGCGUUCGGCGGCGAAAAGGAGGCGUUCUACCGGCGGGAUACGGAGGACGACACCGACGGACAGCUGCCGUCCAAACGGGUCCUUGGAAGUCGGAGGGACUAAUUAGCAUCGUGGGAAAUCGAGGACGUCUUUUCCUGACACGGUAUGAAGACACGGCGGCCAUAUUGCCUGGGACGAGAGCCAGCUGUUUCAGACGCCGCCCCAGAGCACUAACAGCAUCCUGUCGAGCUGCCAUGGGACACGCAGCAUCCGAGACGACCCUGGAGGGCGUGGCCUCGACGUUUCCAGCGCCGCCGCUGACCCCCCGGGCCGAGUGAACGCGGCGAGAUGCCUUCGAAGGUCUCCUGCCUCUACCUGCUGACCGUGGUGUGCUGGGCCAGCGCUCUGUGGUACCUGAGUGUGUCCCGCCCCUCCAACUCCUACGUGGGCCAGCCGACCAUCCCUGUGCGCCGGGCGCACAAGGCGGGCAAGAACGGCACCUUCAGCAACGUCCGCACGCGCUCACUCAACCCGCACGACUUUGGCUACCUCGUCAACGAGGCCAAGAAGUGCGAGGCGGAGGCGCCCUUCCUCGUCAUCCUCAUCAGCACCACCCACAAGGAGUUUGACGCCCGGCAGGCCAUCCGCGAGACCUGGGGCGACGAGAGCACGCUGCCGGACGUGCGAGUGGUCACGCUCUUCCUGCUGGGCCGCAGCACCGACGCCGUCCUCAACCAGAUGGUGGAGCAGGAGAGCCAGAUCUUCCACGACGUGGUGGUGGAGGACUUUGUGGACUCGUACCACAACCUGACGCUCAAGACGCUGAUGGGCAUGCGCUGGGUGGCCACGUUCUGCCCCAAGGCCCAGUACGUCCUCAAGACGGACAGCGACAUCUUCGUCAACAUGGAGAACCUUAUCUUCAACCUCUUGAAGCCCACCACCAAGCCCAGGAGGCGCUACUUCACCGGCUACGUCAUCAACGGCGGGCCGAUCAGGGACAUGCGAAGCAAGUGGUACAUGCCGAGGGAUCUGUACCCCGAGAGCAAGUACCCGCCCUUCUGCUCCGGCACCGGCUACGUGUUCUCGGCCGACGUGGCCGAGCUCGUGUACCAGACGUCGCUGCACACGCGGCUGCUGCACCUGGAGGACGUGUACGUGGGCGUGUGCCUCCGCAAGCUGGGCAUCCACCCGUUCCAGAACAGCGGCUUCAACCACUGGAAGAUGGCCUACAGCCUGUGCCGCUACCGCCGCGUGGUCACCGUCCACCAGAUCUCGCCGGAGGAGAUGCACCGCAUCUGGAACGACAUGACCAGCAAGAAGCACCUCAAGUGUUAGCGGGAGUCUCUAGCACAUUCUACGUCCUUUCUCACUGAGACCGUAAAAGUCAGACCCAUGCCCCCCCCCCCCCCCCCCUCAAAAAAAGAAAAAAUGCUUAAUGUUCAGAUGGUUGUUGAUUUUGAACAGGAAAUAACAUGGGGAGGGAGCGAAGCCUGGAGGCUUUUAUUGAAGUACUUAUCCAAAGCUCAAACUGUCCCCCUGACCACAGGUCUCUCACACACACACACACACACACACUGGCCUCAAGAUCUCAUCCCAAAUGACGCUGUCUGAUGGUCACUGGGGGGGAGUUUGCCGGAGUUCACACGCAGAGGAGCUUCAAUUUUUUUUCUUAGAGGCAGUGAAAGACAAAAGAAAAAAAGGAAGUCGUAGGUAUCGGAGUGGUUGCCCCCCCGCCCCCCCGCCUUGUUAACGUGUAACGUGUGGUCGUUCGUUCUCCGAGCACGCCAUUAGUUUUUUUUCUAUCACUCCAACGCGAGGGAAAACAGUGGUACACUUUUGAGUGCUCUCUUCUUUUCAAUAACUCGAGGUUAAAUAAAGCGCUUUUUGUAAAGA